CCCCCAAAAAGUAAGGAAAAACGUCCUGCGAGAGAAGGACGGUGCCAAGCGUACGUUUGAAAGUAGUGUAUCAGACUCCCAAGACGUAAAGAGAAGAAUAGUCGUAGAGCAGACAUUUUUUUAAACGGCUUUCUGUCGGUGCCUGGCUGCAUAUUCGGAUAUAUUUUCUAACUCAGGCUUCAAAAGUGGAGACCGUUUUUUCUUCGAUAUCCUUGCAUUUCUUUAAACGAGAAAUGGAAGAGGGCUCAAGUUCUCCCAUCUCCCCUGUGGAUAGCCUAGUGACCAGCGAGGAGGAGUUGGACAGACAACAGAAAAGAUUUGGAAGGAAGAGGAGACACAGUAAAAAGACGAGCGAAGACAGCAGUCCGGGUUCCGUGAAACGGGGCAAAAAAACGAGUCCAAGCAGCAAUCAGUCCUACGAGGAGUUGCAGAACCAGCGGUGCCUGGCCAACGUCAGGGAGAGGCAAAGGACACAGUCGCUCAACGAAGCCUUCUCGUCUUUACGCAAAAUCAUCCCCACUCUACCCUCGGAUAAACUGAGCAAGAUCCAGACACUAAAACUGGCCUCCAGAUACAUAGACUUCCUCUAUCAGGUGCUGCAAAGCGAUGAGAUGGACAACAAGAUGUCGAGCUGCAGCUACGUUGCGCACGAGAGACUCAGUUAUGCGUUCUCGGUGUGGAGGAUGGAGGGCGCGUGGUCAAUGUCUGCAACGCACUAGCACCCAAAGCCCUUCACUCAUUGCCAAAGCGACUGUUUACUUCUACAAAGUAUGAAGACACCAAAUCUAUUGAAGAACCCACGAACCUCAGAAACAUUGUCAAGAGAUGUAAAUGUGACACACAGCUCUCCUGGAGUGCGUUGAGUGCAAUUACCUAACACAUGGAACAGUGUGAGAAGGAGUCAAAAUAACCUUGAAAAUCAUGUUGCAUACUCAGACAGUGUUGUCAGACAGUGGUGCAUUAUCACGUUGUUUUAAUGUCGGUGAUGAUAGUAGGAAAAGCCAUAUUUGAUCUUUUUGGGGGGAAAUUAUAUUUCGUUCUGUUUUUAAAAACAAUACAUAGAAGUAUAUAAAUGUUUCUUAUUGUACAUACCUGUAAGUAUCUUCAGCUUGUAAGGGACCAAUGCAAUUUAGAAUACGUUAUUGAAGUACGCUCCAUGGAUGUUCAACUCCGUUUUUUUUGUUGCCUAUUUAUUAAAACACAUAUUUUUGAAUGAUGAAGUUGAGCCCUUUGAUUUAUGUUUCCAUAGAAUACCGUAGCAAUUGUGCCAUUAUGACAUAUGCUAUAUCCCCUAUAUUAUAUAUCAAUGUAAAUAAUUCCAGUAGGCUACAUAAAUAAAUAAAAGUUUAAACUCAAAUAAACUGAGUAAAAACCAUA